AUGAGUACUUUAGAAGCAGCUCCACAUUUACCAUCAUCGAAGAGGUUAUUAAGGCCAAAGAUAACUAUUCAAAUCCCAGACGCUUCCACAUCAAUGCCAGUAAUGAGUCCUCAAACAGCUACCUCUAUAUACAAGGGCACUCCAAGAUACUAUACUAAAGCUCCACCCACGCCAGGGUCACAUAUUUCCGAUCCCCAUGGAAACCUUUACUAUAACCCCUUUAACCAAAUGUACCACAACAAAGCGUCGGAAUUUAUGUUUAAGCAGUUCGAAGGCUUCAAGGAUUUUACAAUGAACACUGCUAAAAGCGGUCUGAGUGCUGGUGAAAAGUCUGCUUUCUGGUUCUAUAACAAGUUAAAACUGUGGUCUAAAAAGUGGUUCACGCAUUUGUUCUUGACUUUGUGUUUGGUUGUAUACAGUCUGAUUGGAGCUGGCAUCUUUGCAGCUUUAGAAGGUAAGCUUGUUAAUCGUAAACAAUUCCAACUAAAAAAAUCCAAUGUGCUUUGUAUGAUUAUCGAUGUCGUCUUGAAUCAGGAUCAUUUUAAAUAA